AUGAUUGCUACAGAUCACUGUAAUCGUCAACUAAAGCACCGUUAUCUAUAAAUUCGAAACGCGGAAUCGAUUAGAACACAAUAAAGUUUGAUCGGCGAGGUAAACCGCGUACUGGUAAGAUUUAAAUAUAAUACGUACUUACUUUAUAAUACAUAAUUGAUUUCAUAAACUUUUAAAUGAAUAAUAAAAUAAUUUUCUUUACAGAAGUAUGACGCGAAUACUGUUACUAAUUAUUGCGUCGUAUGCUAUAGUAGUGUCGAAGGCCCGAAAUGUCGAUAAUAUACCAACGCCGUUUAGCGCUAAAGGAGAGCUUGUUUCUGGAGGAAGUGAACGGCUUGAUCAAAUAGUCGCAGGCACUGGUAAACAUGAAGCCAAAGAAAGCCACCAGGAAUCAGGAGGUGGUCACGAACAUCACGCUCACCAUCAUAAAGAGAAUGAAGAAAAGGGUGACAAAGGCUACAAAUCUCAUCACCACCACGAUAAAGGGGAUCACGGUAAACAUGAAAAACAUCAUCAUGAAGGUCAUCACGAUGAACAUGGUGGACAUAAAAAAAAGCACCAUGACGAACACGACAAACAUGGAGAGCAUCACGAAGCUGCUCACGGACAUAAAGGAGGGAAGUUUGGACACAAGAAAGGUCAUAAAAAGGGUUCUAAAACUACAGGCUUUCAUCAUAAGUCACACAAAGAUGAAUACCAUAAGGAACAUAAGUUUUACGACGAUUUCCAUAAAGGCGGAAAUCACCAUAAACAUGGAGACUUUCAUGGGCAUCAUGACAGUAAGGAAGGGCAACACAAAAAAGGUGGGCACCAUGAAAAAGGCCAUCACGAAAAACACCACGGUAAAAAAGGCAAACAUGACAAGGGUCAUUACGAUGAAGAUCAUAAAGGACACAAAGGUCAUCAUGGACAUGAGGAACAUCAUGCUCACCAUCAUGAUCAUGGCAAAAAGGGAGGCCAUGCUGGUGGCAAAGAAUAUGGGUUCAGCCAUGGAAAAAAGGCAUAGGUCAGACAGACUUGUAGAUCUUCUGUUACCAUUACUUUAUUUUUAUGUAGCUUUUAAUUCUUGUGUUGAAAUUUUAAGUUGAAGUUUUAUAUGUGUUAUGUUACUAUGCAUACCUUAUUGUGCAGUAUGUUGAACAGCCUUAGAUAUAGGUAUGACUUAUACCCACAAUUGUAUUAAAAUAUAAAAAAAGAUCUUGAAAGUUCAUAAAAAAGCAUUAUUAGGGAAACAAUUUUGAUGGUUUCUCCAAUUAACAAAUGGUUUGAUGCCCCAAAUAGCAUAUUAAGUAAAAUGACUAUGUGAUAGUUUUCUAGUCUACAUUUUAGUUAACAAUUUUCAUUUUCUAUAACUUUAACAUGACAAUAAAUUAAAUUUACUGAUUUAUUAAACACAUUUUUAUAAUAAAUUACCUAUUAUUUUGAUACAUUAUAUUUGUAUAAUGUAAGGCUUUCCAAUUAAUUCAAUUCUUUUUGAUAUAAUUUGAUUAAA